UCACUCAGUACCUCACUCAGCAGCAGCACACACACGAAGGAAUCGUCUCAAGGUGACCACCGAUAAAAGGUAAAAAUGCAGAUUCUGCAGUUGCCUCUUCUAGCCCUCCUACUCUGCUGCUGCCUCUCAGGAAGCCAAGCCAACCGCGUCUACGUUCACCCCUUUCACCUCUUUGCCGCUGAGAAUGUCAGCUGUGAGACCCUGCAGGCCCAAACGUCCAAGCCACUGGAGACGCUUCCUGUGGCCGCCCUUGACAUUGAGGUCCUGGCGGCAGACCGCAGGGACCCAUCCAAAGUGGACGCGCAGAGGCAGAACAUCACAGAGAGGACGGCGGUUCUGGCAGAGCUGUUGAACUCUCUGGGCCUGAGGAUGUACCAGGCGCUCAGCAGCGAGCAGCACAGCACCAACACCCUCUUUUCUCCGGUCAACACCUUCGGAUCCCUCGUCACCUUCUACCUGGGAGCCUCCAAGAAGACAGCAAGAUCGUUCCAGCUUCUACUGGGCCUGAGCAGUGGCACCGACCGAGAGGACUGCGUGUCCUUGAUGGACGGACACAAGGUUCUCAAGACCCUGCAGAGCAUUAACUCUCUGGUGGACGACGGACCGAAAGAUGAAAUCACAACACAAGUGUGGACCUUCACUCCCCAGGAUGCCCAGCUAUCCGAGGACUUCAUUCAAGGCACGCAGGACUUCUCAGACGCAUCAUUCAUCCGCGGCGUGGACUUCUCCAAACCGGAGGAGGCUGAGCGGCUGGUGAACAGCUUCGUGGAGAGGACAUCUGACGGGAAGGUGCAGAACGUCUUCAAAGAUCUGAACUCCAGCAGCGACCUUCUGUUUCUUACUUCCUUCAACUUCCAAGGCAACUGGAGGACAGCCUUCCAACCAGAGAAGACCUCCUUGCAGGAGUUUCAUGUGGAUGAAACAACCACAGUGAUGGCUCCACUGAUGACCCACACGGGUCAGUACCACUACCUGAAUGAUAAGGUACGGCAGUGCACAGUUGUGAAGCUGUCUCUGAGCAAACGGUCCUACAUGCUGCUGGUCCUGCCGCAUGAAGGGGCCAACCUCCAGGACAUAGAGUCCAAGCUGCGCACUGAUGUCAUGUCUGACUGGCACCGGAGCCUCCAGGAAGGUCUGUUGGAGCUGUCCCUCCCAAAGUUCUCCAUGUCUUCUGUGACUGAUCUACGUGACCUGCUGACCAACAUGGAUCCAGAAAUUGAAGCCAUGCUGUUGGGCUCACAGGCUGAGUUCAGCCAACUCAGCAACACCAAACCCUUCACUAUAGAUAAGGCGGUCAACAAGGUGAUGUUUGAGAUGUCAGAGGAAGGAGCGGAACCUCAGGACAAGAUCCAGGAAGCAGGCGUCCCUCUGAAACUGUCCAUCAACCGGCCGUUCUUCUUUUCUGUCAUAGAGGGAGAUUCUAACGCCAUCCUCAUGCUGGGAAAGAUCACCAACCCCACACUCUAAAGUUAUAUAGGGCUUGAAACCAACAAAAACCUCCGACAUGGAAAAUUAUCCAACAUACCAAGGCCCAUUUCUUCACCGCGUACUUCACAGCUUACGUUUCUGCAGGUGCUGAUAUCAAUCAUUCAACAGACAUUUCAUUUAGAUCUUAUCUUUGUUUCUCAGCUGACAUAAUGGCCACAUGCAGGGAGGAACGAAGCUAAACCUCUCCCACAUCAUUCAACAGUGUUGUAGUUAUCAUUCACCUACGAGCUGAUUUAUGAAAACAGUAUUUAUGAAAACCUGUUACCUUGAGAUGUUUUCAAGUAGCCUGUUAAAAUUGAUUAUGGCAGAGUUCUGUACAGUCUGUUUCAGUAGAGUAGGUACAGUAACCGCAA